AUGGCUGCAGUAUCAUCUCCUGGAAACCGACAAAUACACCGGAGCCGUUCAAGGGUGGUAUGUCAACGAUGUCAUGCACGUAAAGUCAAAUGUGACUUGAUUCUGCACCUCCGCGAUGGAGGAAUCUGCACAAACUGCGAGAAGCGCGCCGAGAUCUGCCGCAAAAGAGAACAGCCGAAGCCCUCAAAGCCCCAGCGUCACCGACCAUCCCAAGUCCCCGUGACGUCUGGCCUCUCGUCGCAGGACAGUAUCGGGACAACCUCGCCAUCACCCUCAUUAAUACAGGAUGGGGAAGUUUCCCGCUUUCCCGAACAAAUCCCAGGCUCUGCUCUUCCAGUUCAUUCGUCGCCGGCCACUUCGGACAACCAGGGCUAUAUAGGAGAGUUCUCAGUACUAUCUACCCAAGGCCCACUUUCUUGCGAAACUCCAGCUGUAGUUGGGGUUCUAUCUAAAUGCAUCGAGGCACAAAUACAAACAUCGACGGGGGCUGAUCAAUUACCCCCCAAAUCAUUGACGGAAGCUCUGAGCUCCUUAUAUUUUAAAUAUUUGUAUCAUCGAAUCCCAGUGGUGGACCAUCAAGACGUUGCCUCCGUCUGCUCGUCGACUCUUCUGCAGCAAUCUCUCUGCUUGGCUGGCUCUGUCCUCCGUCACCCAAAAUCAACAAAAAGCCUCGUUGAAAGUGAAAGGUUCUAUGCGAGAGCCAAGGCCCUUUUCUACUCGAAUCAUGAGCAUGAUCCACUUACUAUACUCAAAUCCGUAUGUCUACUAACGCUAUGGACUGUCACACCCCCGGCUGUUGUGACAAUUGAUUCUGGCUGGAGCUGGCUUGGACUCGCCAUUCGUUUUGCCUUCCAGAUCGGACUUCAUAAAGAGUCAACCUAUUCACAGAGAUCCUCACCCGGCUGUGCUCGCCGCAUAGCCUGGUUCCUAUAUGCACAAGACAAACUGCAUACAAUUUGUUUCGGACGACCUCAAAUGAUUCAGUUACAAGACUUUGAUCUACACCCACCUUCGGUGACUGACUUCGAGAAUCCCGAAGAUGGACAGGCUCUUCAGUUUGUUCUUUACACAAAGUUGAUGACGAUAUUGGCACAGAUGUUGCCUCUCCAGCAGCGUGAUCCGACGGCAACUUCCGAAAAGGCCUUAGCCAUUCUCUCGGAACUCAAAGAUUGGGUUGGGAAUAUGACCUUGCACCUUCAUAUCUUUGAUAACUCAGGGAUACUGAUAUAUGAUCGCGCUCUCUAUGAGAUUCUCACUUGGUAUUUUACUUGUGUUAUAUCCUUUUUUCAUGUGCAUGGCAGAUUCUUUCAUCCUUCGGUAAUAUCCACAAUCACCCUCGUCGCAUCUUCUUGUAUUAUCCGCCUAUACCAAGAAAUGGACUAUCGAGAUGACAUCAAUUACCUGAUGCCUAUCAACAACUGGUCCAUGAUGGUAGCCUCUCUUCCACAAUUGAGCAGCCUACGCCAUGAAAAUAACACAGUCACAAUUGCAGAGCACGAUACAGGCAUUGACCCUCUAUCCCUUGAAGAGCUGGAUAUUCUUCUCGAGAUCAUGGCAGAGAGAACAAUCAAGUUCCCCGGGGCAGGAGCUGUUCUUGAAAAGAUAAGAAGAUUCAGAACCGAGAUCAUAUCUCACGGUGCUUCCUCCAAUGCUUUAUUUGGACUACACGAACCCAGCAAAUAUCCCUGGUCGUCAAAUGAGAGGACCUAUGCGACGAUACCAAGAAUUCACGAAUUGUUCCCAUUUCAAAAAGAGAUAAGUCCGAGGAUGGAUUUACUCUACACAAUGGAAACGGAUGAGUUUCCUAGUGGGCUUUUCGAGAAUUUUACCGACUGGUCCAUUGAGAACUUUUUUAAUUUGGACGACUUCAACCCGUGCCCCUAA